AGCGUCACAAACAUCACCGGGCAGAUUUCACCGGCGUACCCGGGAGCCUCCAAUGACAGGUAACGCUCGACAACAACAUCAAGUUGAUGCUGGCCUCUCUGUCCAUGAUGAUGUCACAUGGUUUCAAGAGCAGUAAGCAGGACUUCAACUUUGGACCAUGGAAAGUGACUGCUUCCAAAAACCACAUCAUGAAGUCCAAGGACAUUGAACGGCUAGCAGAAGACAUGAACAUGCCUUCUCUUCCAGAGAUGUUGUUUGGAGACAACAUACUGCGCAUCCAGCACACGGACGGUUACGGGAUUGAAUUCAAUGCUGUUGAUUCCCUGAAGAGAGUCAGCAACAUGGAGGAUAGCGUCAAGGUGGCGUGUGCUCAGGAAUGGCAGGAGAGCAGAGCUGAUUCUGAACACUCUAAAGAUGUGAUCCGACCUUAUGACUGGACGUACACCACAGACUACAGAGGCACUCUGACAGGAGAAAGCAUGCAGAUAAAGGUGUCUGAGACUGCCGAGCGUAUUGACAUGGAGAAGCUUAAGGCUCGGGAACACAUCAUGUUCUUUGAUGAGGUGCUGCUGUUUGAAGAUGAGCUGCACGACCAUGGAGUCUCUAUGCUUAGCGUCAAAAUUCGAGUGAUGCCGACCAGCUUCUUCCUGUUGAUGCGUUUCUUCCUGCGAGUGGACGGAGUGCUGAUUAGAAUAAACGAUACUCGACUAUAUCACGAGGCUGGGAAGGAUUACAUGCUGCGAGAGUUCACUACGAGGGAAAGCAAAAUCUCAGAGCUGAAGAAUGUUCCGGCUCCACUGUUCACCGAUCCCAACGAGGUGGCCCAGUACUUAACCCUGAAGAUGACCGAGUGUGAGAAGCUGGAACUUCCUGUGCUGCAGACUCACACAGCUGAUAAUAAAGUCAUUGAGUGACAGUA